CAAGCGGUUUUCAAACCUUAAUAAAUUAAGACGAAUCCCUAAUAAAAUCAUCGAAAAAAUCUGUUAGGAACCGUUUGUUCAUCUUCAUGCCCUGUGUUUCCCUCUGAUUUUCCCCCACUUCCUCUCCUUUUUCUUUCUCGUUGACGCCGUCGAAUUCUCCCUCCGCCGCUUGAAAUGGAGAUGGAGAUGGAGAUGGAGAUUUCGUGUUCGAGCGGUUAUCUACUCAUCCACUCCAUGGUGUUCCAAUCCCUUGCUGCUGGUGUACGGUCGCUCCGAUUUGUGAAAAAUCCGAUACCGAGUACGCCACGAAUAUGUAAAGUCAUUGAAAUCUAAGCAGUUGUUUUCUUUGCUGAUUUUAAUUUGUCUCCUCUGUUUUCCAUUUAAUCUCUCGAGUUGAAAACCUAGAAUUUGAAGAAUUGGAACUGAGAUAUCUAGACUUUUGAUCCAUUGUGAAAUUCGGUGGUUUAUUGUGAAAUGAAAUGGGCAUUUGGUG